GUCUUCUUGGUGCCAAUUUUCAUGUAUCAGAAGCAAAGAUAUCAACUAUAGUUGGUGAACGAGUAAAAGACUAUUUGGUUAAUAUUAAUUUGGAUAUGUUAGGAUCACCAAAUUUUAUAUUUGGUAUUUAUGAUGGUAAAACAGCUCCGAGUACUGCUCUAGACGCUGCUAAACCUGGAAGUAAUAAAAUGACAACAUUAUUUCAAGAUUGGUUUAUUGGAAAUAACUUUCCUUGGGAUUAUACAAACUUCGAUGGUCGUAGUGAUUAUGGUCCAUUUUUAGCUGCGGGUGUAGCUGCAGGCGGACUUUUUUCGGGAGCCGACGCAUUAAAAACAGUAGAACAACGUAAUAGAUACAAUACUAUGCUCGGAGCAGGUUUUGGUGGAACUUCAGGAAUUCGACAAGAUAAAUGUUAUCAUCAAUCGUGUGAUAAAACGAGUAAUAUCAAUAAAUUUGCUCUUGAUAAAAUGGUACAAGCAACAGCAUAUGCUAUUGAAAGUCUAGGUCGACAAUCUGAUUUACACAGUUGGUUAUAUCCUGCUGGAGAAAUAAAAGAACUUCAAAGACAAACACCACAGCAAAAAUUUGAAUACAAUUCCAUUAAUGAAUAUUUUGGACUACCUUAUAAUUAA